AUGCGCAUUUCGUCGAGGGCAGGGAACUCUACAAUCGGCCCGUCUUAUCUCCGACGGCCGCGAUCGAUGUGGCCGAAUUCCUCUUGCUCCGGAGUGCGGAUGACGAAACGGUGUCUUUUACACCGCUGCCCCUUUGUUGACUCGCCCGGACGGCCCCGGCGUCCACCGGCCGCUUAUGAAGCCCAACCCUGCCACGAAUCUUAUCUGACGCAUCUCAUCGAGGGAGAAUCAAGGCGGCGCUCGCGUAAGGCCGGCCACGGCCAGCGAAAGCUCCCUAUCUCGCGUCGGAGGACCUUGCGCCGGGCCAGAAGAUCGCGCACCAUAGUAGCCGAAGACCCGGACACUAUCGGUAGCAUCACGUUCAGCAUACAGUCGGAAGAGGCAUCACCUUUCACACUGGACGCGAAAAGCGGCGUGCUCACCCUCAAGGAGCCUCUAGACCGGGAGGCGAUAUCGGAAUACCAAGUCGUCUUGCGUGCCGACGACGGUAUGCAGUACACGGACGUAACAAUCGUUGUCCAGGUGACCGACACGAAUGACAACCCGCCAGCGUUUAAAGAAAGCGCUUAUUCAUUCGAUAUACCCGAAAACGCUGCGAGGGGUUCCGUGGUCGGUACGGUCGCCGCGACCGAUUUGGAUUCAGGACCAAACGCCCAAUUAACCUACACUGUGGUCUCAGAUUGGGCUAACGACGUGUUCUCACUGAACCCGCAGACUGGCGUCUUCACUUUGACCGCCCGCCUCGACUACGAAGAGACACAGCACUACAUUCUAGUGGCCCAAGCUCAGGACAGUGGUCACCCAUCUCUUUCUGGAACAGUGACCGUUUAUAUCAAUGUGGUAGAUCUAAACGACAACGCGCCCAUAUUUGAUCCGAUGAGCUUUUCCAACGAAAUACUGGAAGAUGUCCCAAUAGACACUUCAGUUGUGACGAUAAGCGCAACAGAUAUGGAUUCAGGAUUUAAUGGAAAAAUUGUAUAUAGCAUUACGUCCGGUGACGAUGGUCAAGAUUUUAAGAUUACUCCCAAUGGUACGAUUCGCACUGGCAAACUAUUGGAUAGAGAAAAAACACCUAUUUAUAAUUUAAUAGUUGCGGCAAAAGAUUUAGCGAAACCCCCCGAGCCGCGGUUAUCUUCCACGGUGCAGGUAACUAUACAGCUAAAAGAUGUCAACGACAUGGCUCCCGAAUUCGUCAGUCCUAACAUGACAACUGUCUCCGAAAACAUUCCCCUAAACACAGUGAUAAUGACGAUUAAAGCAGUUGAUAAGGACGAAGGUAGGAAUGGUUACGUCGAGUACUUUAUGGAACCAGACCCAGAAAUCAAUGGCUAUUUCUCCCUUGGAAAUGUCGAUGGCAUUUUACGUGCUAGUGGAAAACUUGAUAGGGAGCUUAAAUCUAGCUAUAUUAUAUUGGUAACAGCUAAAGACAGAGGAGACCCACCUAAUGUAACUAAGAGUAAGAUCACCAUUCAAAUAUUGGAUGAAAAUGAUAAUAGCCCAGUAUUUGAUCCGAAACAGUACAGUGCAUCAGUCCCAGAAAAUGCUAGCAUUGGAGCAAGUGUUUUACAAGUAAGCAUACGUUUUCCAAAUUCUGAU